GCGCGCUGUGGAGACCAGCGAAGUCUAAUAAAGCUGCGCUCCGUUCAACACUUCAUCCAAAUCUGCAGGAGAACUCAAACCCUGCCGUUUUUGCCGCCUUUUCUGUUCUCAGUUUGGUUUUCCUUCUGAAGCAGGCCUCCACAAAGCCCGUUUUUCCAAGCCGAGCCUGAACGCAGCUUCGGGCGACGUUAUUCCUGCAGACGGUGAAGAGUUGAUGGUUUUCUGCUGGAUGAUUUGGGGGAGCAGACUUGGACAAAUGGAUCGUGUCCUCAAAGUGGAAACCUGAACUGGAACUGUCUGGUAAAGCCAGAGGUGACCCUCUGAAGCUGCACAUAUUUUUCACCUUCAUCUGGAAACCAGUUUCACAGCCUCCGCCUCUGCUGGGAAUGGCUUCUAGGACGCGGGCCCAUUCUGGUUCUGGUCCGAUGUGGAUUAUUGGAAGCAUCAGAGAGGCUGUUGGUGAGUGACCUCCAUCUGGAACAAAAUGCCAGGAUGCCCAUCACCCAGGACAACGCCCUCAGCAUCCUGCCCCUGCUGGAGGACUGGCACCAGGUCCAGACCAGGAGAUCUCAGCAGGACCACCAUCUGCAUCCAGACAGCGGGGACUACAAGGACGAGGACUACCAGAAUGGAGAAGGAGACAGUGUCUGCAGCAGCAGCAGCGUUAACAGUGUCCAUCAGGAGGACGUGUCUCUGUGUCUGGCUGCCAUUCAGAAGCUGGUGGAGUACAUAAAGUUAAACUUCCUGGAGGUUGACACGGCCCGGCCCGGAAGUCCAUCCUCCUGUGGCGAAUGCUCCGACGUUGAGGUUCACGCCGUUUCCCUCCGAAAAGAUGAGAGCGACGAUGCCAACUGCGGCCUCAGCUUCGGGAACAUCCCUAUUUUUGGAGAUCCAGAGGUCAGAAGAAAGGGAGGCCUGAGGAAGAGGAGGGACCAGGGCCCCAUCAUUGAUGUGGGCUGCAUCUGGGUGACCGAAGUGAGGAAGAGGAGUCCAGCAGCCUGCUGUGGGAGCAUCAAACUAAGAGAUGAGCUGCUGUCGCUGAACGGGCAGCUGAUGGUUGGAGUCGACGUCGAAGGAGCCAGUUACCUGGCAAACCAGUGCUGGGAUGGAGGUUGCAUCUACCUGAUUCUUCUGCGUCGCGUCAAGCGGAAAGCUCCUUUUCCUCCCAGUGACAGCAUCAGCAGUGACCUCUGUGAGAACCAGCAGCAGGAAACUGAACCUGAGGCAGCCAUGAGAUCUGCAAACUGCAAUCGCACAAGAAAGUUUGGCGUCAUAUCACGUUCGUCGUUUAACCAGGAUAAUGUCCAGAGAUGUUACAACAGCUGUAGCUCUUCCCCUCCUGUGGAUGCAGAAGCUGGUCAGGACACAGAGAAGAGCCCAGAGUCCUCUCCUCGAAUGAGAGCUGUGAAUAUGCCCGGUGGAGGUGCUGCUACACUGCCUACCAGAUCUUCCAGUCAGCUUCAGUUAGAGAGCCAAACCAAUUCUUUCAUCAGUGAACCAUCAAGUCAGCCCAGGGAGGGCGGCCACAUCUGGAAGAUGCACAUGGUGAAGAGUCAGGAGGGUCUGGGCAUUCACAUCACAGGUGGGCGUGGCUCCAAGCGCUCGCCUCAUGGCAUCAUCAUCGCUCAUAUAGAAAAGGGCGGAGCCAUCCACAGGGACGGACGUCUCCGUGCUGGUGAUGAGUUGCUGAUGAUUAACGGCCAGUCUCUGGUCGGUCUCACACAUCAGGAAGCCGUCGCUAUCCUGCGCUCCACCACCGGUCUGGUCCAGUUGGUGGUUUCAACCCGGGAGGAGUCGGAGGUGGAUUUUGAACACUUCCCAUCCAGCAGUUUGCCAGACCUGGUCAGCACCUGCAGGUCCCAGAUCUGUCCCCAAAGCUCCUCAGAUACCCCCAACAGCAGCAGUGCUGGUCUUCAGAAGUCCUUCCCGUUGACCGGCCUGGAGAAACUGGAGGAGUUGAAUCAGGAGGAGGAAGCCAGACGGUUCUGCUGCAGCCCGACACCCACCAAGCUCUGCAACCACUCACAAGGAGGGUCCUGCCGUCUGGAGUCAGUGGGCGAGGAUGACGAGCUGUGCGUGGAGGCUGCCAUCAGUGGCAGCGAGGUGAUGGAGAAGCCUCCACCCGGUCGACGGAAGCACUCCUUACCUCAGCAGCUGGACAGUGCUGGAGUCCGACAGGAAUAUCAGGUCAUUAAGAAGUCGGCCCGCUCCCUGAGCACCGUUCAAGUAGAGUCGCCAUGGCGACUGGCCCAGCCGUCCAUUAUCUCCAGCAUCGUGCUGAUGAAAGGCCAGGGGAAGGGUCUCGGGUUCAGCAUCGUCGGUGGACGGGACUCGGCUCGUGGACAGAUGGGCAUUUUCGUCAAAACCAUUUUCCCUCAUGGAGCUGCGGCAGCUGAUGGACGUCUAAAGGAAGGAGACGAGAUCCUGGAGGUCAAUGGAGAGUCUCUGCAAGGACUCACCCACCAGCAGGCCAUCCAGACCUUCAAGCAGCUGAAGAAAGGCGUGGUCACCCUCACCAUCCGGACCCGCCUGCGCAGUCCCAGCCUGACGCCGUGUCCGACCCCCACCCUGCCGAGCCGGUCCAGUUCCCCUAACUCUAACGCCAGUGGCGGGACUCCGGUCCCGUCAGGACCAGAGGAGGCAGAGUGCCACAGGGGCCCCGGUCCGGGUCCCAAAGACUGCAUCAUCAUGGAGGUCACACUUAACAAAGAACCCGGUGUCGGUCUUGGGAUCGGAGUUUGCUGUCUGACCCUGGAGAACUCGGCUCCCGGGAUCUACAUCCACAGCUUGGCUCUGGGUUCGGUGGCCAAGAUGGACGGCAGACUCAGUCGUGGAGAUCAGAUUCUGGAGGUGGACUCGGCCAGCCUUCGUCAUGCUGCUCUCAACGAAGCCUACACCAUCCUCAGCGAGUGUGGACCAGGACCGGUCAACCUCAUCAUCAGCAGGCACCCUAACCCAAAGGUAUCAGAACAUGAGAUGGACCACGUCAUCGCUCGAUCCACAAACAAAGACAAGAUGGCCAGAAACCGACUCUCAUCUCAUUACCAAGGUCUGUCUUGUAGAAGCCCCCAGCUAGCGGUGAAGGAACAUCAGGGAGACUCGUCCCUGGGACUCAGCUGGACCAUGAAGAGGUUCCUGGAACCUUCCAGCAGACAGCACUCUCUGAGCUCAGAGACGGAGUUGUCCCAGUACUUCCCUCGGGAUGUCUCCAGCCCAUCAUUCCCGUCUGAAUCCAACCUGAAGAUGUCCGACAGCGAGGAGAUGCUCACCCAUCAGUGCUGCAGCGCCUUGCUGGAUGACGGCUCCUCACAGCCUAAUGGACCAGAACCUGGUCUUUUGAGCAGUCCGUCACAGGACCAACAUGGAGAACCACCUCACCCAAUGGUCCCUGCUGGGAACCCCACCUCUGGGCGGAGUCCACUUCUCCGCCAGCGACCAGUCAUGUGCUUUCAAGACCAGAUGAGUGAUGACGAAGGUUCAUCUAACGUGAAACCGCUGUCCAGAACCGACCCUGUUCCAAGGUCGCUCCAGUUCCUGUCCAGAACUGAUCCAGAUCUGAGUUUUUUCCCUACCGAAGGAGACCCCGGAACUGCUGCUGGAGUCUGUGAGGAAGGAGAUGUCCGGGACCAUCAUACCGUGACUCUGAGAAGAAGUCUGGAAGAGUCCUUCGGGCUGGAUCUGGAGAUUCUGUCGUCCCCUCUGAGGGUUCUGGUUGCUGGGUUAAAGCCCGGCGGAGCAGCAGAGUGGGACUCGACAGGUGGACUCUGUCCCGGAGACCAGAUCGUCCGGAUCGGCGAGAAACUCGUGUCCGAAUCCAGCUACCAGGAAAUCUGUGAGCUCAUGGACAAUCUUCCCAUGACUCUGUCCCUGGAAGUCAGAAGGUCACCCCCAGCUGUAGAUGGAGUGCCCAUGUUGAUGACAUCGUCGAGGAGCAUUGAUGGUGCCAUCAGACUCCAGAAUCCAGCCAAUCACGGAAUACCUGAUGACAUAAUCAGUGGAAACUCCAGAAGGAAACAGACAGAACAAUUGGACUUCCAGAACCCAGUUACACAUAUCAAUGAUUUUUUAUCAGAACUUUAUCAGAACACACAUGAGCAAACAUCCCCUGAUGCUUCCUCAUUCUCACAUCACCAUCCCACAGAUCUAUCUGAGGAAGAUGGAUCCACCUGCCAAGGCCUGUCCAGUCUUCCAGACCACUCCAUCUCAGGUGUGAUUCCUGAGACAGAUCUGGAAACUCGGGAAUUCGGUUUGAAAGAUGUGUGUUCCAAACAAGCUGAGAGUGAUGGAGCUCUGGUGGAAGAGGUGGAGUUUGGUUCCUCUAAUCCUCAGAAACCAGCUGCUGCUGGAUCUCCUGGUUCUUCACAGUAUCCGCUUGUAGGGAAUCACCCAGAUCAGAAUUCCUCCUCUGUUGACUCUCUAACUAACGGAAAGAAAGAUGAUAUACCAAUGCUUCCUUCUGCAGUCCAUUGGUCCAUUAACCGGACCGAACCUGGACCAUCUGGCCACCGAAGCCUGAGCAUUUACAGGAACUGGUCCCAGCCGGAUCCUAACAUCAUUGCUCCAGGUCUGACAACAGAUUUGCUCACAGAUGCCUCCCAGAACUUCAAUACAUCAAAGCAAACACCUUCAGUAGAUUUUAGUAUCCGACCAGAACCAGGACUUUCAGCUUCAGUGACACAUGGGCUGGCCCAACUUCAGAGGACUUCUCGUCUCAAACUUCCUCCUGAUCCUGACCGUUCUGCAGGGACCUGGAAGUCUAAACGUCCGGCUGAAAGCAGUCCCCCAAAGUUGAAAGGACCAAGCAUUAAAAACAAACCCGAUCAGAACUUCUUGGAUCAGAACCAACUUCCUACGCACACAAAGACUUCCACAAAACAGACAACAACAUUUUUGCCAGUGGCCACGGUGACCAGCUUCCUGAACGCCGGGAAGCAGACUGAUGUGGAUGGCUACCAUGGAUCGUACAAACGGCAGACAUCGGCUGGACUUCCAGGAAUCGCUGUGGAAUGGAACGGAAAUGUUCCCAACUCCUCUGAAAAAUCCCAUCCGCAGCCCCCCAUCACUCAGAGGACGUUCAUGGAGCUCCGGCUGUCUGCGCCGGCAGCAUUUUUAUCACCUGUGAUGAGACACAACGGAACGGCCGCUUUGGAAGACGGAAAAAUGGUGGCAAGAUUGGCGUCUCGGUUCUCUCUCUCCAAUUCUGAGAAAACAAACAGAAAAACUGCCAACUAUCCAACCACAGACAAACCCAGGCCCUUCACAGAGUCCGCUCAGGUCCUGAAGUCCAGUCAGGUUCUGACCUCCAAACCAUCCAGACUGUACAUCCAGAUGACAGGGAGGCGGAGCCUGUCCAGUGACAUUACCUUCUCUUCAGACUACCGUCCCUUCUCUGUCCAACAUAAAAUCAAGUCCUUUGAAAGUCUGGUGAACUUUGAGCGACCUGCGGUGAGAAGCAGUGACAUUCAGUCCUUCACUCGGACAUACAGGGCAUCUAUGAACCAGAGGAUUGCCGGGUACAUGGGCCUGGUCAACGCUUCCGAAUGCCGAGGCCUUCAGAGGAACCCUGUUAGUGAUGAAGACUGCGUGAUGACCCCCUCACCACCGAGUCUUCCUCUGCUGCGAAGGAAAAACAGCAGACUUCCUCCUAGCAGGAUGAGAAAGCUGCAGGCUCUUAGCAUGCCUGAAUUAGAGAACCUGUGCACACAGGACUUUACCAGAGGACAUGAGACCGCUGCGCAUGAAACCGAUCCGGACAUAAACCCAACAAUUCCCAUGAACGCUAGAGACAAUGAUGCAUCUGCAGCACCAACUAAAGUAGAUGUGAUCCGAGUCAUGUGCAAGAAUGCUAGAGCUGCCGAGAAGACUCCAGAGAGCAGACAGCCUGGGUGGUCCAUCAGGUGGGACUCCGAAACCAUCUGGUUGGAUGACUUGUCCUCGUCUGCUGGAAGUCGACGUCAGCUUCAAACUUUGCUGUCCUCUCAAACCACCAAGUCCUACGUCUGGAGCCUGCUGGAUGAUCUCAAGACCUCCUCAGAGGUGAACAGGAACAUCCGGCUCGUGGUCCUGAAUAAAGAAGCAGGUUCGGGGCUGGGUUUCAGUAUCGCUGGUGGACGGGACCUGGAGCAGAAGGACAUAACUGUUCAUCAGGUCUUCACCGAAAGUGUAGCCAGACUGGAAGGAUCCAUCCAACAAGGGGACGGCGUUUUAUCCAUAAACGGGACCAGCCUGGAGGGUAAAACCCACAGCGAGGUGGAGGCCUGCCUCCGUCAGGCCCGACUGGACAAACAAGCCUUAAUCCUGAUUUGGAGAAACGAGGAUUUGAAUCGAAGGGACCGACGCUCGACGGCCACCGCGAAGAGUUCAGCAGCUGCUGCAGACCAGAAGUAAAGUCGGAGGAUGGAGAAAUGGCAGCAUCUCUGACACCUGGAAGUCUAAAGAGGUCUCUUCCUCAAACAGGAAGUUGUCGUAACUGAACUUCCUGUUUCAUAGACUUGGACUCUGGGGUCCGGUCGUGGUGGGAAUGUGUGGAACGCCGUGAACUGGACCUGCUCGACAGCUCCAAUGCCAACAUGAUACCACAUCACACAGCUGUUUGUCUGCUGGAAUCUGCUGUAGAACAACAUAAAAUCUUUCAUGAACUGGUUUUAACUGGUUUCAUCUGGAUUCACCAGCAAACAGUGAGUCUGGAUUUUACUUAUCGGUAGAAUAAAACUUUGGAUGUUUUUAGGAAGACUUCUGUUCCUCCUGAUGAGCUGCAGCUGGAGACGAGGUCCCAUCUAUCAGCUUUGUCGGGGGACAUGUCCACCACGAUGCCUGGACCCUGGAAAAAUGUCCUCCAUAUCGGGACAUGAUCAGGAAACCUGAAGGAUGAUUUCAGGAUGUGGACGGAGAUGAGGAAACCGGAUCCUAACAGGAUGAAACAGGAAGUAGAGGGACCCUUUGUGUCCAGUAACAGCUUUAUUUACGCUGCAGCUAAAGAACUAAAUAUGUUUGUUGUUGUUUUCCAUUUGGAAAUAAAGUUUAUGAAAACCUGGUUGUUGGACAUGUUGCUGAUAUUUCAGGUCAGCUGGCAGGAGAAACUGGAUCAUCAAAAUA